GGCGAUUCAAUCUCGAAUCCGUGGCAUGAAUUAACCAACCCCAGUACGCACGCGGGAUGCUGAUGAUGACGAGGACCAUGACGACGAUGAUGAUGAUGAUUGUGAUGAUUGUGACGGGGCGCAGCGGGCGUUUCCUUAGCCAGACUCGGCCAGCAGCCCAGAGACAACAAACACGUGGGGCAGAGCCCCUGGGCAGGUGUGAUGCGGUUCGGGUUAGGGAUAGAGGUAGUGCCGAGGCUAGGGUUAUGAUUAGGAAUAAGUAGAGGGUUAGAGAUAGGUUUAUGGUUCGAUCAAGUGUUGUGGUCAUGGUUAGAGACAAGGUUCGGAUUGGGUCAGGGUCUUAGAUGCUGUCAGCUAUGUGUGUAAGGAUCGGGCUACGUUUAGGACUGGGGUUUGCUUGUAUAACGCGGUUAGAGGUUGGUGUAAGAGUUCGUGGUAAGGGUCUCGUUGGCCCAUGUGGUAAGAGUUCGUGUUUGGGGACUGCUCAGCUUGUGUGGUUAAGGGUACGGCGCGUAGUUAAUGUUAGCCAGCAAUCUCAGAAUAUCAGAAUUGAAAAUAUUUAUUUCAUACUGGAGGAAUCCGAUGAGCUAUAAAGCUCUUUUUUUCCCACAGGGCGGAUCGGAACGUUACAACAACAAAGACGAACACACAAUACGAGAGCCCAGCAUAGGAAAGGUAAACAAAUCACCUUAAAAAAUAUAUACAAAUAGAACUAAACUAUAUAUUUUAAUCUUACCAGGUAAAUCCCACCGGUUAUCUCUCGUGUGGUUAGGGUUAGGUGUGUGCAGGGUUAGUCUGUUGUAGGUUCGAGUAUCUCGUGCCCUCGGCCACACUCGUGCUUUUAACCCUUCCCCAAAACCACCAAGCUUGGCAUUUUGUACAUUUUGUUCGGCUCGCGGUGUGGUGUGGGAGUGCGGUUUUUUUAUCUCUCUCUUCUCUCUCGCUCCGAUGUGUUUACGGCGUUCCUCCUCCAUUCCGCCACAGCGAACGGGGAGAUACGGAUUUUUUCUCUCUCUCUCACUCUGUUCAAAAAAUGUACCGCAUACCGCGCGUUGUGCAUGGAUUUCAAAGUGGACAGAAAAAAAAGGCCGCGUGUUUUCCCCCGCAACCUGUACAGACGUGGUGUCAUCUUCAGGCACCAGAGAUCUGGGUGUCUCCAAUAAUCCCGCUCGGCUUCAGCCCCGUAGCCUCGAGGAGCUGGGGGGGGGGGGGUGUAGGGGGCUCCCCCUCCCUCCCUCCCCUGCAAAAGGCCAGCACCACACCGCCUUUCUAUGACCUUAUAGUCGAGUGGCAAUAAUAGCGGCUACAAUAAUUAACACGGCACAUUGACCCGAGUCUUCUUUGAAUUCAAAAUGUGUGUCAGCCAGGCUCCUCCUUUGCCACGCGUCUACAAGGGCAGAGCAGCAUGCAGCCAAGCAGGCCGACGCAGAUUCACGGACGCGUGUUUAUGAACACGAACAACCAACGGAGAAUGACUGCAAUUGUUUGCGCGGUGACGGUGGGGGAGCUGCUGAGCGAAAUGCAAAGGUGGCGAGAGUGAACGAAGCGACGGGCAUCGCCAGAGCUUGCGUGCACAAUGGAGACACAGGCGGGUGGCAUCGCCACUCCAUUCCGAUUCCAUUUCGGAUCUACAAAGCGACAUUUCCAGGGCGCUUUUAAAGCGCAAGCCGACGGCGGGGUCAGUGAGGGAGGCGACGCAAUGGAUGAUGGAGGGACAGGGGCUGGGACCGGAGCUGAUGUUGCCGGGGUGCGACCUGGGCACACACAGGUGGAGGAGAGUCGUGCCGCCAUGCAGCCUCAACAGGAGGUGAGGCAGCAGCAGCUGCUGCUGCUGCUGUGUCUCUCGCUGGGAGUCAUCGGACAAAGCUCACCAGGAGCGGCCACGUGUCCCGACCGAGCCAAGGGCCUCGUCCCGUGGCGCCCGGGCCACAACGCGAGUCUCCGCGCGGACAUCGGCCCCGGCCAGGCCCUCCUCCUCGUGGCCUCCGCCUCCUUCCACUCGGUGCACGUCCACGGUGGAGGAAAACUCGUGAUCGCCGACCGACGGGACGAGGCCAUCGUGGUUCGAACUCGCUCCAUCCUCAUCGAGGACGGAGGGGAGCUCCACGUGGGCAGCGAGGACUGCCCUUACCUGGGCAGCCUGACCAUCUCACUCUACUCCAGGUCGGACGAGGUGACGGAGGAAGCACACCCUUACUUCGGCCUCAAGUUCGUGGGAGUGGGACGCGGCGGUACCCUGGAGGUGCACGGAGCGCCAAAACUCUCCUGGACCUUCCUGAACGGCACCGUUCACCCCCCUCCGCCGGGCGAGGAGGCGGCGGCCGGCGGGAGCCGCGGGAGGAGCGGCAGCGCCGCCGUGAAGAGCUACCGCCUCGAACGGAGCUGGGGCUACCGCGGCAUUGUGGUGCACGUCCUGGACCACAACACCGGUGCAGUGCUGUCCGUAGACCGCUUCGACACGUUCAAGAGCCGCGCCGAGUCCCGCCGCCUCGCCUCGCACCUCGACUCGCUGGCCAGCGGCCGCGUCGUCUCCAUGGCCGUGAACGACGACGGCGGCUCGCGCAACCUCGACGCGGCCGCGAGGGUGGCCGUGCAGAGGCUCGGCGGUCGCGCCGUGGGCCGUCUCGCCUUCCGGCAGCCGUGGGCGUUCGUGGCCGUGAAGGGAGAUCCCAGCUCCGCCGUGGAGUCUCAGGGGACGACUGCAGGAACCACGGGUCGAACGACGGCGGAGGUGGCUAAACUCUUCCGCACCGCCGCCGGUGACCUCUACACGGUGUCGACGCUCAGCGAGUGGACCCAAGACGUGGAGUGGACGGAUUGGUUCAACCGGGACGACCAGGGCGGCACCGGCGAUUGGGAGAAUCUCUCGACCCUGAGGAGCGAGAAUCCCGGGGCCAUCUGCGCUCACCCCCUCGACAUCCAGGUGACGACGCUGGACGGGCUUCCAGCCGAGCUCACGCUCCAGGGAUUCCACCGCAGCAACCGGGCCUACGGCUUCGCCUGCCGCAAUCAGGACCAGCAGGGCGGCCGCUGCCAAAACUACCGCGUCCGCUUCCUGUGCGGCCACAAGGCUCGCCCGUCGGUGCGGGUCAUGGUGGAGCCGCUGUCCAACGCGACGGUGCUGACCCUGGCGGAGGACGUGCGGUCGUGGCGCGCGGGCGAGCGCGUGGUCGUGGCGAGCACCGACUUCUCGAUGCACCAGGCGGAGGAGUUCACGCUGCUGCCGUGCCCCGAGUGCACCGCCAACCAGGUCAAGGUGGAAGGCAAGCCGCGGUUCACGCACGUGGGCGAGGUGGUGGACGGCGUGGACAUGAGGGCCGAGGUGGGGCUCCUGACGCGGAACGUCGUCGUCCAGGGGGAGAUGGAGCCCAGCUGCUACGGGGACAACGCCUGCCGCUUCUUCUCCUUCGACACGUUCGGCGGGCACAUCAAGAUGGCCGAGGGCUUCAAGGCGUGCCACCUGGAGGGAGCGGAGCUGCGCCACAUGGGCCAGCAAACCAUGGGGCACUACCCCGUGCACUUCCACGUCGCGGGGGACCUGGAUCAGUUGGGGGGCUAUGACCCCCCCACAUACGUGCGGGGCCUCUCCAUCCACCACUCCUUCUCCCGCUGCCUCACCAUCCACGGCUCCAGCGGACUCCUGGUGAAGGACGUGGUGGGCUACGACGUGCUGGGCCACUGCUUCUUCACGGAGGACGGCCCUGAGGAGCGCAACACGUUCGACCACUGCCUGGGCCUCGUGGUGCGCGCCAGCUCGCUGCUGCCCUCCGACCGCGACGUGCGAAUGUGCCGCACCAUCCGCCAGGACGCCUACCCCGGAUACGUGCCGCGCCCGCGCCACGACUGCACCGCCGUAUCAACCUUCUGGCUGGCAAAUCCCAACAACAACAUCAUCAACUGCUCCGCCGCCGGCUCGGAGGAAGGAGGUUUCUGGUUCGUGUUCCACCACGUGCCCACAGGGCCGUCGGAGGGGAAGUACGCUCCAGGCUACACCGAACACAAACCCUUCGGCAUCUUUGCCGACAACCGGGCGCACUCCAACUACAGGGCUGGGAUGAUGCUGGACCACGGAGUGAAGACGACGAACGCCAGCGAGAGGGACAAGCGGCCGUACCUCUCUCUCGUGAGCGCACGCUAUGGCCCCCACGUGGACGCCGAUCCGUUCAAGCCGCGGGUGCCGGCCCUCAUCACGGGCUUCGUGGCCUUCCGCAACCAGGAGCACGGGGCCUGGCUCCGUGGCGGGGACGUGUGGCUCCGCCACUGCCAAUUUGCAGACAAUGGCAUCGGACUCACUCUUGCCAGCGGGGGAACGUUCCCGGAUGACGACGGCUCGAGGCAGGAGGUGGUGGACUCGCUGUUCGUGGGCGAGAGCCACAACCGGGGAUCUCGCGGCGGCGGAGGAGACGAGUUCUGGGGCCCGGGGAGUCUGGACCACCAGGGGCGCACGCUGCCCCGCGGCAUCACGUUCCCCGUGCGUGGGCUGCAGGUGUACGACGGGCCGCUGCGGGUGGAGCGCGUGACCUUCCGCCGGUUCGCAGCGCUGGCCGACCGGCACGCGAGCGCCAUCGGCUUCCGGCUGAACAACGCGUGGCAGAGCUGCCCCAACAACAACCUCUCCGGCAUCGUCUUCCAGGACGUGCCCGCGGAUUCCCGCGUCUUCUUCGGUGAGCCGGGGCCCUGGUUCCGGGACAUGUCCAUGGACGGCGACAAGACGACCGUGUUCAGAGACGGCGACGGAUCCGUGUCGGGUUUCCCCGGCGCCUUCCUCGUGAAGCGCGACGACGCGCUGCUGCGCCACCCGGACUGCGUCGACGUGCCCGAGUGGCGCGCGGCCGUGUGCAGCGCCAGAUACGCGCAGGUUUACAUCCAGGCGAGGAGCCCGUCGGACGGGCGGCUGUCGCUGGUACGGGACGAGUUCCCCGGGCAGGCGCUCACGCUGGAGGGCGCGCUUGCCCGCGGGCUGCACUACCAGCAGUACCAGCCGGUGCUCAUGCUAUCCAAGGGGUACACGGCGCACUGGGACACGCGCGCCCCCCACGAGCUCACCGUCUGGCUCAUCAACUUCAACCUUAACGACUGGGUGCGCAUCGGCUUCUGCUACCCGCGCGGCACGACGUUCAGCGUCCUGACGGACGUGCACGACCGCCUGCGCCGCACCACGCAGCGCACGGGCACGCUGGCGCGCGUCGCCUCGCUGCAGCGGCUCGAGCACCCGCCCCGCGGCGCGCACGCCUCACCCUCCUCCUCCACCACCGGAUUCUACUUCUUCGACGAGGACACCGGGCUGCUGUUCCUGCGGCUGCAGGCGCAGGCCCCGCGGGAGGGCGACGCGUUCUGCUCGAGCCGCGGCUGCGAGCGCGUCAAGGUGAAGGCGAGCCUUCCCGCCGGCGCCGGCGCCGCGGCGGCGGACUGUCGCGCCAGGGCCUACCCCAAGUACGCCGAGCCCCCCACGGUGGACGUCCCCAUGCCCAAGCGGCGGCCCAGCAUCUACGCCGACAGUUGGCCGGGCAACUUUGUGGAGGUCCAGGUGGAGUCUGCGAAUUCGUGGCAUCCCAGCCCAAAGCACAACUAUGCCACCACCACCGUAAACGGCCAGGCAUAUUACCAGCUGGAGGAUGGUCUGCAGGUGAUCUCUCUGAACGGCUCAACGGGCACCCUCGUCUCUCGCCGCGUCUUCAAGGCCUCCCAGCUCCGCUCCAUCCCAACCUUCCUGCUGUACCACCUCACUCACAACGUGCCGGACGGCUCUGUUGUGCUGGUGACCUCCAAAGGGAAGUUCGUCACGGAGGACGGCAAGUGGAAGAAGGCUCUCGCAACCAUCGGGGUGGAAGCCGGAGCCAAAUACCUGGACAAACUGGUGCUCGUGGGUUUCAAGGGCGGCUUCCGGCCGGACUGGGUGAAGUUCACGAGCAGCAAGCACCACGCCAAGAUCCACCAGCUCGUGUCCGUGCCCGUGCUUCGGAAGCUCUCCACGGCGUCCAGCGUCGCCGAGCCGCUGUGAGCGACGCCAUCGUCGAGUUGAACUCUGACCCCUCCCACACCCCCCCCCCGCCCCCAGUCCCCAACCCCCAGCUCUAAGGCAAAAGUCCACUGAUGGCUGAGUGAAUGUACGAUUUCGUGGAAGUGCUGAGGGCGUCGUCGUUUCGCGGACGAUUUUGUUGUUGUUGUUGCUGCGCGCGGACGGAGAGCGGUGACAAACGUGCGACCCACGCGGGCGGGGGUUUUUUUUAUUACGUGCACUUGCGAUGACGAGGUGUCCCCUGCGAGGAGUGUCGAUCCGUGGGAUCGCGAUCGUAAUUGGGACGCGGACGACGCGGCGCAGUUAGGAUUAACGAAGGGCGGGAUUUCCCAGACGCUGGUGCUCGCGAGCCACCGCAGUAUUCACGUUUUACCGAUGUUCAGUGAUUCGGAUACAAACGUGGCUACGUACCGCACACGCCCGAUGAUUGGUAAAUGCGCAUGUAGACGUGUCGCGCUUGAUGUUGCGGAGCGCCGGUUCUGAUUCACGUCAUCCGAGGUGGAAGCGGCACUCUCGACGGCAAACACGGAAGCGUGUCUGCUGAUCAUCGGGCUUGUGCGGUGCGUAACGAGUUAAACGGACAGUGCAUGGAGAAGAUCGCUCAAUAUGGGAAUGCGGACAGACUGCGUGCGGCUGGUCGCGAGGAGUAGAAUUCGCGAAACCGCCGGGGGUAAGGUUGGGAUUUGUUGUUGUGAGAACAAGGACCGGCCAUGUUGGCAUUGUAUCUGGAAGGUAAGCGAGUUGUUUUCCAUACAAGAGCCAGGGCUUCAUUUCGUCUGGGCCUUCUGGGUCAGCGCUUGUGGCGACUUAAGUCACGCGCCAAAGAACUCCAGUCUACCAGCGACCCGGAUAGUAUCGAGUGAGAUGUUUUAGCCCUGAUUAAGGGGAAUGUGGUGCGUUUAAGUGAAUUCUGAACAGUGUACAUAUACGGUGCUUCAUUGCAGAGAUCUGUUGAGCUAACGCGUAGAGCUAACACGACACUGAUGCACAGAACCUACUGUUACAAACAACGACGGAAAAAAAACCUGCAGCAUUGCGUUAAAAUUCGGUUUCAUUGUUCAUUUUCGAUUCAGAAGAGUUGAACGCAAUAGUUAACUAUCGGUCAUCUUUUGCGACGUCGGGAUAAUUAUAUUUAAACAUCACUCUGUCGGUCAAAACCUUCACAUUAGCCAGGUGAUAGCUCAUUGAGUCUCUGAAAAAAAUCACCCAGAAUGACCGCCCGUUCUCAUCACAUCUCGGAACUAAGAAGAGUUAAAAAGACGGCAGUUCAGGAAAGUACAUUGUUGUACUGUACUAUUCUCCCACGUCUAUGGUCCUUUCCAGGGCUUAAUGUCAGCCGGACCUGUCUGGUGGCUAAGCUCCAGAAAAUAAUUCCCCACCCCCUCCCCCCCCAGCCUUUUUCUCCACGCUCAUAAGGGGCGGGGUUUGGGGGGCAGCGGUGGAGGGGGGGGGGGUGCCCAGGAAAUAUUUCAUGGAAAAAGAUUAAGCCCUGCUCCUCCACCUUCACUAUCCUGCACUGACCGUCGUGGUAAAGUAUGCUCAAACAACCCCUAUAAGCCAGCCUUGGCAUGCGGAGAAUCCUCUCGUCCAGCGGUGGAUUCGACAAAACGAACUGGACACACACACUAAAACUAAACCUCUUUUACCGGGUAAGGCCCACUGAGCUAUGUAGCUCUUUUUCAGAAGCGACCUUGCCACAAAUGAUAACC